GUUUUUGUGACACGUGGGUGUUCUUGGAGCUCAGUCGUUCCUCGUGCCUAUACUUUCGUAAGGGAUGAUUUCGUUUCUCCUGCUCAAUUUGAUGCUGUUUGUUGGAUCAUAUUUGGCCGGGUGUAUUCCUAUCUUGUUCAACUUUCCUGCGGCUAGACUUCGAUUACUAACUAUAUUUGGCGCCGGCCUUUUGUUGGGUGCUGCUCUGGUUGUCAUCAUCCCUGAAGGUGUCCACUCCUUGUACACUGCAAGUUCGCGUUCUCAUGCUGAGCAUACCCACGACAGUUUGACAAACCCAGACAAUGAGCAUGCGAAUGUCCGCAGUCGACGACUAGCUGAAGCAAAAGAACAACAACCACCCCUCGAUGGUGUGGGUGCUGCCCCUCCCAUUGCAGCAGCCAUUGACCCAGGACAAUCCAAGUCUAGAAUUUUGCAAGACAAGGAGCACGAGGCAGCCUCCUAUCUUCCUUUCAGUCUUCUCAGCAUCCACCAGCAUGUUGGGAUCGCGCUGCUCUUGGGCUAUUUAUGCAUGUUAUUUGUCGAUCAGCUAGGCACUCGCCUUCUGGCAGCACCUUGUUGUACCUGUCUUCUACCUGGUCUAUUUUCCUGUCCGCGACGUUGCUGUUUUCGGACCUCAUCAGGUACCAGUCCUGCGGUAUCAACCAGCGGAUGCUCCGCUUCAAACGGCGCCGGUGCUGGCCACCAGCGGGCUACAGCAACGCUAGGGCUGGUUGUCCACUCCUUUGCCGACGGAUUAGCCCUGGGGGCCGCGUUCGCUUCUGAACAAGUCCAGUUGGAACUGAUCUUGUUUUUGGCCAUUAUACUUCAUAAGAUUCCCGCAGCAUUCGGCCUCUGUUGUUACCUCAUUCAUGAGGGUUUUUCCCGUGACGCAAUUAGAAUUCAUCUGAGCAUUUUUGCCGCGGCAUCCCCCUUGGCCGCCCUGUUGACCUAUGUCUGCCUUGCUUGGCCCGCUGUUGACCAGGCUGCUUCCCAAGCCGCGAUAAAAACAGGCUUCGCUCUUUUGCUUUCUGGUGGAACAUUCCUUUAUGUGGCCGCUUCCCACAUUCUCCCCGAGAUUAUCCAAGCCCACUCAGCCAGUCCGGAAGGGGACUCACGAAAACACACUGGUGUCCCGGAAAAUGCGAAUCCAUCCGACUAUACUUUGUACACGAUGGGCUCCCAGGACCCGGUUAUCGGUUACAACAAAUCUUCGUCUGCUUCCAAUAGCUCGAAUGUUACCGCACCUGGAACAUCAGUUCCCCAUCUUCGCCUACCCGAUCUGCUUGUCCUUACUGCCGGAUCAAUAGUACCUGUGUUUUUCAGUCUGGGACACAGCCAUUGAACACAGCCGUCGGUUACUGUGUUCAUCACUUUCUUCAGCAAACCACGCCUCUCCCAAAUCUGUGAUGUUUUGAAACCAACCUAUAUAUACACAUAUGCUUGUUUCGUUGCCUCCAUCCACUGCGUGCCAC